CGACCCAUCAAUACUCGGCAUUCUUCGGAUGCAUUCGGCCGCUAACGGUCGGAAUGUUCAAAUCGUGCUGGAGAUUGAGGUGAAGAAAGAAAAGAGAAAAGAGGGCGAACUAGACGGUUUCUGCGGGCGGAAUGACGGUGCUGCAGGAACCGGUCCAGGCUGCAGUGUGGCAAGCACUGAAUCACUACGCUUACCUGGAUGCUGUCUUCCUUGCUGAGAGACUCUACGCUGAAGUGAGGUCGGAGGAGGCUCUGUACCUUUUGGCGACAUGUUACUAUCGAUCUGGGAAAGCUUACAAGGCGUAUCGGCUGCUGAAGGCUCAUAGUUCAUCCACGCCGCAGGUUCGAUUUCUGUUGGCCAAGUGCUGCGUGGAGCUCAGCAAGUUGGCAGAAGGCGAGCAGGUUUUGAUUGGUGGAGUGCUGAACAAACAGAAGAGUCAAGAUGACAUCAUCGCAGAGUUUGGAGACUCGGCUUCCUUGACGCUGUCAUUGCUCGGGCACAUUUACUGCAAGACGGAUCGUGCCGCUAAGGGGGCCGAAUGCUUCCAGAAAAGUUUGUCACUCAAUCCGUUCCUGUGGUCGCCGUUCCAGAACCUCUGUCUGCUAGGUGAGAAACCAGAUCCAGAUCAGGUCUUCAGGCUGUCGUCUUUGCAGCACUCUUCCAUAGUCCCGCCCCCCCCUUCUGUAAGCCCCGCACAGAAUUCCUCCCAUCGCAUGGAGACCGCCUUCAUGGAGACGCCACAGCACACGCUGGAGUUAAAUCGUUUGAAUUUAGAAUCAUCAAAUGGGAAGCAGACCUCUGAUUUGUCGCUUUCCUACAUCGACUCCUCCCUCAUCUCCCCGGAGACUGGGUCCUUAUUGGGGAAUACAGUUUCCUUAGCAUCAGCCGGCUCCUUAUUGGCUAAACAGAACAAGCCCAAAACUGGGCGGAGUUUACUGGGAGGACCUGCUGCUCUCAGUCCGCUCACGCCGAGUUUUGGCAUCUUGCCGCUGGAGCCCAGCCCCGGAGACCCCUCAUAUCUCCAGAAUUAUUCAUCUAGCAUGGAAACGCAAUCAACCGCUCCCAGCAAAAAGGCAGUGUCCAGGAUCAGUCAGCCAAAGUCCGUCUUCAGUCAAAGUGGGAAUAGUCGGGAUGUUCUCCCCAUACCAUUUAACCCAUCACAGACAUCUGCUCCUCACACCAGUGGUUCACCUCAGGUGCUCAGUCCCAGUAUGUCUGGUCCUCCAAACGUUCAGCCCAGAAGAAGCUCCAGACUGUUUACGAGUGCCAGCUCGACUGCCAAGGAGAAUAGUAAGAAGUUAAAGAUGAAGUUCCCCACAAAGAUCCCCAACAGGAAAACCAAAUGUAAAUCCACAAAGACCUCGAAUAGUGGCAACCUGAAUGAGAGCCUUGACAUCCUUAGACUGGACCCAAGUCUGAGUCUAGCUGACACAAAGAUCCCACAGUACCAGAGAGCUGCAGCAGAAAGCGUGAUGGUGUUGCUUCGGGAACUUGGGCGUGGUUACCAGGCUCUGUGCUCGUACAACUGUCGAGAAGCCAUUCACAUCCUGACCUCCCUCCCGCCGCAGCACUAUAAUACUGGCUGGGUGCUCACCCACAUCGGCACGGCUUACUUCGAACUAGCCGAGUACACGCAGGCAGAGCGUCUGUUUGGUGAGGUUCGCAGGAUUGAGUCGUACAGAGCGGAGGGCAUGGAGAUCUAUUCCACCACCCUGUGGCACCUGCAAAAGGAUGUUGCUCUAUCUGCCUUGUCCAAAGACCUGACGGACAUGGACAAAAACUGCCCUGAGGCCUGGUGUGUUGCAGGAAACUGUUUCAGCCUGCAGAGGGAGCAUGACAUUGCUAUUAAAUUCUUUCAGAGAGCCAUUCAGGUGGACCCGGGCUUCGCUUAUGCCUACACUCUACUGGGUCAUGAAUUCGUGAUGACGGAGGAGUUGGAGAGAGCGCUCGCUUGUUUUCGCAAUGCCAUCAGAGUCAGCAACAGACACUACAAUGCAUGGUAUGGUCUGGGGAUGAUCUACUUCAAACAGGAGAAGUUCAACUUGGCAGAAAUCCACUUCAGGAAGGCUCUGAGCAUUAACCCUCAGAGCUCUGUGCUGCUGUGCCACGUUGGAGUGGUGCAGCAUGCGUUGAAGAAGUCUGAUGCGGCUUUAGAGACCCUAAACAAAGCCAUUGGAAUCGACCCCAAAAAUCCUCUCUGCAAGUUCCACCGAGCCUCCAUCCUCUUUGCCAAUGACAAGUACAAGGCGGCUCUUCAGGAGCUGGAGGAGUUGAAGCAGAUUGUUCCCAAAGAGUCUCUGGUUUAUUUUCUCAUCGGAAAGGUGUACAAGAAGCUGGGUCAGACUCACUUGGCGCUCAUGAACUUCAGCUGGGCGAUGGAUCUGGAUCCUAAAGGAGCAAAUAACCAGAUCAAAGAAGCCAUUGAUAAAAGAUACUUGCCAGAAGACGAAGGGUCGCGGGGGCAUGCAUCCCAGCUGACUUCGGGCAACAGGCGGGGUACACCCUGGACUGGUCGCCAGCCAAUCGCAGGAGUACCCGGAGAAAACCCACGCGCACACGGGGAGAACAUGCAAACUCCACACAGAAAUGCCCAGGGGAGAAUCGAACCCAGAUCUUCCCGAUCUCCAGGCUGUUCCGGCUCAAAUGAUUGUCAAACUUUGAAUGGUUUGACACAGACACACACGGUUGGCGGUGACACACACAGAACAGCUGCUGAGUAGCUGGGGAGGACACAAAGCCGAGUUCAAGUGCUGUUCCGAUUAAGCAUCAUCUGUCUUAAGCAUAUGGCGGCUCCGCCACACAAACACGCUAACUAAAUACAGCAUGUUUGAACUGCGCAUCCAUGUUAUGAAGGGAGUUGUCAGAUUAAUUCCUGGUCUGAAUUACGUGUAGUGAAACAAGAAGUCAUGUGACUAAAUAUGGCGCUCUCACAGAAACAAGGCGGCCAUCAGAACCACACAAAUCUUUUGUGUAAAAACAAAAAUGUCUUUAAAGUAGGAACUGCGAUCUGGUUAUCUUAGCCAGUGGGUGAACAGGCUUACCUUUAAUCUCUGGUUCUGGUUCUGGCUCUGGUUCAGGCUUGGCUGCUGCCUCAGGUCCAAUAGUUGAGGGGUUCUCUUUUGGGGAUGUCGAGACCAGUUCAGAUACAUCUACGGGUCCUGAAACCCACUCAGCCACAACUUUUAAGACUUUUUCAGGUUCUAAUUCAGACUGGACAGCAGGUUCUGGUUCUGAAACUGGAUUUGAGGAUGGGUCGUCUUCCUGAAUUACCUGCGAUACUGAUACUGGUUCGGAACCCGGUAUUAAACCACAAACCAUUUCAGGUUCUGGUUUAGAGGAGGUUUCUGGAUCUGAAGAUGCCUGGGCCUCUGAGAACUGUUUCAGUACAAGUUCUGAUGUUGAUUUGGACACUUGUUCUUGAAUACAAAAUGUGUGUGCAGCAGUUUCUAGCUGAGGAACAAUCUUUGGAACUGGUUCCAGUGCUACAACUGCUUCAGGUACAGGUUCUGGCUGAGGGGCAGUUUCUGAAACGGGUUCUAGUUCUGAAAGUGCUUCAAGUACAGGUUCUAAAGCACCUGCUGGUUUUGCGAUGACCCCUGGCUGAGGGACCAUUUCUGGAACUGAAACUCUUGAAAAGACUGGCUCUGGAUCCAAAGCCGUUUCUUGAACAGAGACUAAUUCACUGACCAUGUCUGGCAAUAUUUGUGAAGCUACAGGUCUCGUUGAUUCUAAAAGACGGUCCGGCACUGAGGCAGGUUCUGAAUCUUUGGUUGAUUGAAAGAGAGUACUUGUCAGAGACUGCUCUUCCUUGACAGGUUGUGAAACUAGUGUUGAUAGUGGUUCUGGGAGUGCCUAGGAAUACAAAAUGUAAAAAUGUAGUUAGGCUUGUCUACUUCUUGUUUUUACGUGAAAGGCUUUUUCAGGUCUCACAAAUUGCUUGGCAUUAGUUUUCUUUUGUUGUAUAUCUGCACACUGUUGCCUGUCCUUUGUUGUGAUGAUGGCUGCAAGGCUCCGCAUCUUCAUCCGCUGCAAUGUCGCAGCUAUCUUGUUUACAUAUGUGUUCCGACCAGAACUGGACUCACGGGACCAAGUGGGGGUACCACACUGCUGAUGGGGAUGUCAGUCAAUAAAUCCCCACUAUCCCUUUAAGUUAUGUGAAUUCUAGCCUUUUGGUCCUGCUUACAGGACAGUUGACUUCCAAACUCUGAGUGGCUGUGAGGGGUGGGGAAGCGGCGACCUUGUCACUUUCAGCUCCUCAUUGACAAGCCGCCACCGCCUGUUGCUGACACGACACAUGGCCCCUGUAUUAGGAAAACUGUAACCUGCUGAAAAUGGACACACCACAGUGAACACCGGGCUCCAGAUCUAUGUGUUGGCACCAAAUACAGCUGCGAGUCGCUGCACAUUCAUGGACUUGAAAGGUCACAUUGUUGGAGAUGAAAUGUAAUCAGACGCUGAAGAGUCGAGGUUUAGGCGAUCUCUGGUCAAAUGGCGUUAGCUGAGAGCGCAUGUGUGAUGACAGGCGUUUUUGUGUAAUUCUGGACAUCUGGAGCAAAAGCCAGUUCUCUAGAACUUCUCAAGGACGUGCACAAAUCUAGUUGCUGUGUGAUGUUUUCACGCCAUGUUCAUAGAAGACAACAAAUGUUCUUAAUCAUCAGUUUAUCUGCAAGGUGACCAAUUUCACUGCCUAUCACUUAUUUAUACAAGCCCACAUGUGCCACUUGGUGACGUCACACAGAACAUGCGCUGUGGGAGAUGUCAUCCUGUCCUACUGUGCAAUUUCAUGUGUGAUUCUGUCCUCUAAUGCCAAUUAAAUGGAUGAUACUUAAUACAAUUAACACAGAAUGCAUUUAAAGAGCUUUGUAGAUUAUUCUAACGGUCUUCAGUCACGAAAAUAGAUGAUCAUUAUAUAUUCAUGAACAACCACUCAUUCGCUACAUUACGGACUUUUCAUCAACAAUAAGACUUAUUUUAUAUUUAAUCACCGUUAAUCUUAACAUUAGAUCUGUAAACGAGUUAAGAUAUCAGAAGGAAAAAAGUCAACCUGAGGCUCAGUUGCACAAAGUUUGGAGGGAGACACGUCGUCUGUGUAGCCUACUUUGGGUGUCUGGCUUCCAGUGGAAGAGGUGGCGGCAGUGCCGGCCUUCCUGCGCAGGACGACAGCAGCCAAAAGGAGGGCAAGUAGGGUGAAGAGGACGACGCUCGGCUCCAGCUCCAUGAUCGAUGACCACACUGCGAUCACGAGAAGAGCUCGCCCUUUUAUAAUCCCAAGGCAAGUGCGUCCCAAACACCACUUGACACACUUCCCAUCAACUUUCAAAAUAAGGGCCCACAGGCUCCUGCCUCCCUUGCUAUUGAAAUGUGUCCAAGAUUCUCAAUUGAAUCCUACAAAACAUUUUAUUGAGCAACACAAAUGACGUUCCUGUGAUCUUUGAGAAGGCACCGGGUGGUUGGUGAAGGAACAGCUUAAAAAAAAAAAAAGACAUCUCACUGUUUAAAAAAGCAUGGAUGAAUUAGAAGGCUUGCAGGAAAUUCUGCUACUUUUCUCACAACUCAAAGAUGAAAUCAAAACUGUGUGAACAUUUUGUGCUUGGAUUGGCAAAAAUUGAAUUUCAAGAAGUAUGCUUGUAAUAGACCGGGAAUAACAUCCUCCAUGUCUGUUGUCCCGUGCUGUUUAAAAUCAUCUCUUUUGUAGUCUCUGCCUCCAACAUAGCCACUUUGGUGUGGGGGUCUUCACCGUGACGAGCUCCUCUCCUUGCUGACACAGUCGUCCUGACUUUGUGUGUUCCCGUUGGCCGCCAUGUUGCACAUGCGUCUCUUCUUCCUGCGGUGGGACACGCCAUCACCCUCGGAGCACAAGUCCUCCUGCGGGGAACACGAGUGCCGACACAUUAGCCCAUGCAACGACGAGCGAGCUUCAACACAAAGAGCGCAAGCACAUACAUCUGAGUCUGAGUCGGACGAGCUGGAUGAGGAUGACGACGAGUCACUGGAGCUGUCUGAUGCGAUGCCAGUCGACUCCUGCAGGUCAACUCGGUCGGCUAGAGUUGCCAGAUCGGGCCGCUCCUGUUUCAGAAUCCUCAAACACACAAAUGUUCUUUCAUCAAGUAUGAUCUAGAGGUGCUGUCAUAGUAGUAUUGGAUCAGAAAAAUGUUUGGACUCAAAAGGCUGAUCUGGACUUAUUUGGAGCUCAGGGAAGUGUGAAUAAUGAAAUCUGCAACUUUUGAGGAAAAAAUGCAGUACAAUUCUUACCGGUACCACUUCCUGGACAAUUUGGGCCGACCUCGAACGGUUUUGUGCCAGACAAUGGGAAAGUUGGUGGUGCUGGCAAAGUUCUGUGUGACAGCGAUGGCCGUGUCCAGAUUGAGCACAACGUGCCACCAUCCACCUGCAAAAAGCAAGCAGAAAGGUUCCUCCUGAGUGAAUGCAGCUAGCCUAGCCUAAUUUCUGUAAUGCCUGAAAAGCGGAAGGUGAAGAUGGAACAAAGUAGGAUGUCAAGUCUAAAUCCUGCAGAUGACGCUUUAAUCCGGCUUUGGCCGCUUUGUGAGUCCUAGUCACAGUCCGUGACUUUAUAUAAACCUCAUGUGUAUACCAUGUGCUGAGGCAAACAACUGAUUGUCCCUUAUUCAAAUAAGUAGAUACUUCCUUCCCACUGACCAGGCACAAAGACCGUCUCUCCAGGUCUCUGCAGGAUCUCCAGCGGUCUAAACUCUGGAGGCCAGCUGGGCUGCUGCGUGCGUGGGUAAACCACAUUGAACCAGGUGAUCGCCUCGUCCUGCUGAUUGCCACCAUCUUCUCGGGUCACCUUGAUAAGCUCUCGGGGCGUGUUGGUGGGGAACAGGCACCACCGCUUAUGACCCUGGAUCAAAGCAUUCCAGGCGCUGGUUCCCAGUGGAUCAAUAUGGAUGCCCGUGCCAGAGCGGGCAGGGCCCAUCACGAACCACCUGAGGGCAAAAAAAAAAACAAAGCUGAGUGUAAGCAGACAACUUUUGUGGUAAUCCAUUUGUCUGUUAUUGGGGCCUAAGCAGCAAGCGACAGCGCUGCAACCUCCCUAUUGGAAUUGCUACGUUAUUGUUCUGACAUUUUUAGGGGUCUUAACAUGCUGCUUGCAACUUUAAUUAGGUCAAGCUUAUCUCUAUAGUUCAGGGGUGUCAAACUCGUGCCAUGGAGGGCCGAGACACUGCAGGUUUUCUUUCCAGCCAGUCACUAAAGCAGGUGAUUUUAAUGAUCAACACCUUCAGUUUGAGGGAAGGAGCUCAUCAAUUAAAUCACCUGCUGAAGAAACUGGUUGGAGAGAAAACCUGCAGAGUUUUGGCCCUCCAGGGCACGACUUUGACACAUGUGCCAUAGUUAGUAUUUUUAUACAUAUUUCACCACCUCCUACAUAUAAUGGAUGCAGAUGUAAUGAUUUUUCUAAAUCUACAAUUGUUCUUGUUGCCUUUUUCUUAUUAGUCUCUGGAGAAGAAGCCUCAAUAAAGUAUAAUAAUAAUAAUAAUCGGACACUUGCCUGUACGGCGGGCGGCGCUUUUCUCCUGCAAACUGGAAGAGGUCAUCAGUGAAGAAGACGGGCACCUGGUAGUCCUGAAGCAGCUUC